UGUUGCUGCAUUUUGGUUGGACUUGGGUGGCGCUCUUUGUGUCUGAUGACAUGAAGGGAGAGCAGUUCCUUCAGUACUUUGAAGCUGCAAUGCUCAAGAAAGGAAUCUGUGUGGCCUUUACAGUGAAGCUCCCUGUCACAAAGAAGUUGUAUGCGGAUAGUGAUCUCACUUUCAUGAGUAGCAUCAGAGUUUCAUCUGCAAAUGUGCAUAUUCUCUAUGGUGAUGUAAGAGGUCUCAUCAGUGUGGACAUUUCAGUGCAGUCAUAUUUAACCAUGGGGAAAGUGUGGAUCAUGACAUCAAAGUGUGAUCUUGUCAUUUCUGAGACAAACCACAUGUUGCACUCUUUUCAUGGAGGUUUCUCCUUUUCACCCCACAAGGAAGAAAUCCUUGGACUCAAACUUUUUGUCAAGACAGCAAAGCCUUCUCACUACCCAGAAGACUUUUACUUCAGUAAAUUAUGGCUUUUUCAUCUGGGCUGCUCACUUGAAGGAUCAUUUUGUGGACAUAUUGGAACCUGCUCACCAAAUACUUCCUUAGAGUUUCUUCCAGGACACAUUGACUUGCUGACCAUAUCUGACUCCAGCUAUUUAGUCUACAAUGCUGUCUACACAGUGGCCCACGUCCUCCAUAAAAUGAUUUUGGAGAAAGUAGAAAUGAGAUCCUUAGCAGAAGCAUCCCAGCCCAUGAUUCUUCCCUGGCAGCUUCAUCCAAUCCUGAGGAAAAUCCAGUUUACAAACCGUGCUGGAGAUGAUGUGUUUUUCCAUGAAACAAGACACCAUGUGGUACAUUAUGAUAUUCAGAACAUUGUAAAUUUUCCUGCUGGAUUUCGCUUGCUGGUUAAAAUUGGAGAAUUUUCCUCUAAGAGUCCACAUGACCAAGAUUUGCUGAUCAAUGAAGACAUUAUAGAAUGGCCUGUUGGAUUCAAAAAGACUCCUCAAUCUGUGUGUAGCCAGAGCUGUGGUCCAGGAUUUCGGAAAAUGUCACAGGAAGGAAGACCUGUCUGUUGCUAUACUUGUGUUUUUUGUCCAGAGAGAGAUGUUUCCAAUCAGACAGGUAGAAAAUACAGAAUUUCAGAUUGACAGCUUUACUGUCCUAAUUAUUUCUCAAUAA